AUGCUCCUGUACUACAACAAGAGCUUUCUGGGCCUACUGGUUGAGCGUCGCGGCAGUGUCUUCUAUAGACCUGGCUCGCUGUUUGUAGGGGUCUUCUUGUCCGCACUCGGCGGAGCCCUUCAAUACUGGCGCGACCGGCGGGAAGCAGAAGAUGAGUGGGCACAGUGGGCUCCAGAUAUCUUUCACCACUACGGGUUCCAAGCCGUCGGUGCUGGAGUCACUUUUGCAAUUGUUUUCCGCACGCAACUUGCGUGGAAUCGGUAUUGGGAAGCCGUGACACAGCUCCAUUUCAUGUACAGCAAGUGGGCCGAUGCGUUCUCGCAGUUUCAGGCGUUUGCAGAAGUGACGAAGAAAGCUGCGAAUGGCAAGGGGGACACAGUGAAAGCCGACCGGAUACGACAGAAGCAGAAGCGGAUCAAGGUGAACUAUGCCUUGCUCAGUGCCUUUGCCGCCGACCGGCUGACCGCUGGAGACAACCAGCGCAUGGAGGAAGUGAGCGUCAGCAGGGCAAGAACCCGUGCGACCAUGCGGGUGGACAAGGAACAAAAGAGAUUUAGCAUGCCAGAGAUGAUCGAACGCCAGGACCACGACAGGACCAAAACCGAUGAUGGAUUGUACGUGGUCUUUGGGGUGCCUUCAGACGACCAGGUCAGGCUGCUUGCCAGGAGCUUCGAUACCGUGGCCACGAUCAUGUACUGGAUCAUCUGGGACCUGGCAGAUGCGAUGAAAGACAUUGACAUCGCGCCCCCAAUCCAAUCCCGAAUGUACCAGGAGCUCUCCAAUGGCAUGUUGGGUUUCAACAACUGCCUGAAGAUAGCUGAUGUUCCCUUCCCGCUGCCUUUCGCGCAGCUGUUGGGGAUGUUGCUGGUGGCGUUUUCUGCCUUCAUCCCAGUCUAUGUCAUCGUUUUCACCCGGUCGCCCAUAGCAGGGCCGAUCCUGUGUUUCCUGCUCUUUGAGUCCUUGUGGUGCCUCAAUGAAGUGGCAAAAGAGCUGGAGAACCCGUUUGGGCACGAUUCGAAUGAUAUUACCCUAUCCGACUUUCACCUGAACUUCGUGGACUCACUUGAGGACAUCAGCAUGGCAGAGCAACAGGCUCCGAAGAAGUCCCCUCUGAGGGCAGUCUCACCAAGUGCCUUGUUCUUGGAUUACGCAGCGCAAGUCUCGGCCGAUCGAGUCAUUGCGGCAGCAGGUUCGGUACAGUCCUACAGCGUAGCACUAGGUGGUGCAGAUGGAGACAUUCUUCUUUGUGUGCUGGGCUUCGGCAUGCUGUACAAUCAUACCAAGCUGUUGGCGCAAGCGUCCGGAAAGCAGUGUGAGGGCACGGCAAAUUUGAGCUAUGCUCUCCGCACGCCGCCCGAAGAUGCCCGCGAUGACGGUGAUGCAGGGGUUUGUGUGCACUUUGCAGCAGCCAGGGCCAUAAAGGAGGGCGAGGAGUUGCUCAUUGACUACUCCCAGCGCCGCUCGGGCAGAGCUUACUCGCACAAUCAAGCCAUGCACGAUCCUCAACUUUCCAAGUUGGUCCAGUUCAAGCCACACUUGCAGAGAGACUCGGGCUGCUGCCUUCAUAAGGGAUGCCAGAUCUGA